AACAUAAUGCCAGUAAGGUUAGACUAAAUUUGAGGAAAAGCCUCAAAAUAAUCAAAAAUCAAUAAUAAUGGUGAUAUAAAUAAUAAUUGUGUUUACAAACAAUCGAUGAUGGAGUGCAACAUUUACUUAUGUCUUGCACUACUUACGAACACCUUGUGUAAAGUGCGUAUAUCGUGAAAACUAAAAUAUGUCACUCUUAUUUAUGAAAACCUCUCUUGGCAUUGGUAUCAACCGCUCAAACUGGGAAUGGAUACAAGAUAUGAAUUAAAAAUAAAUAUCACUUAGUUUUAAAUAUGGCAAACUCCACAUCUUGGGAAGAUAUUGCUCCCAGGCGACCCCGACUUAUUGAAGUAAACCCUUAUAUCACAUGUAUGUUAUGUCGGGGAUAUUUAGUGGAUGCUACAACGAUUGUAGAAUGCCUGCACUCAUUUUGUCGCAGCUGUAUAAUUAAUCAUUUAAAUGUGAAAUGUUAUUGUCCUGUUUGCGAACUAAUGAUCAACAUGGCAAAACCGAAUAUUAAGCCUGAUAAAGCUUUGCAAGAUAUUGUGUAUAAGCUAGUACCGGGUUUAUUCGAGCGUGAGAUGGAAAGGAGAAGGAUGUUUUAUGAAAAACAUCCAAAAGCUGCUGCUCUUGCAAGUCCUGAGCAGCGUGGGGAAGAUAUGGAAAGACUUAUCUUUAGUCCUGAUGAUAAAAUAUCAUUAUCACUUGAAAUGACUUUUGGGUCAGAGUUUGAGACAUUAUCUACUUGCUCUUCGGACAGUGGUACAGAUACAUUAAGUUCAUCAUCUACAACAAAUUAUGGUAAACGUUACUUAGAAUGCCCUGCUAAAGUAAAAAUAUCGCAUUUGAAAAAGUUUCUCAUACACAAAUAUGAUAUAGAUACAACGAGACAUAAUGUAAAUGUUAUGUAUAAACGAGUGCCUUUACCAGAGUUUUAUACUCUCAUGGAUACAGCAUAUAUUUACACAUGGAAAAGAAAUGAACCUAUGAGAUUUUUUUAUAAUUUUGUUAAAAAUAUUACGUCCAUAAAUGAUUUUGGGAUAUUUAAGUGCACAGAUACUAAUGAUUCUGAUAUUGAUAAUGUUAAAUUAAACAAAGAAGACUUUGUGGAUAUUAAUAAUUGUGAAACUAGCCCUGUGACUGAAGAAACAGAACAAUUUGUUCAAAAUGAAAAUAAAGCCAAUAGUCCAGUGUGUAGUUCAUUUGAAAAUAAUGAUGAUAGCAACCAUGGCAAAAGCAAACAAAAAAAUAUGACUGUUAAUACUAUAUUGCCCUCAAAAGUAGAAGGUAAAGACAAAAAAAUUGAUACGACAUCUGUUCCAGCAAUGACACUUUUGCCUAAAACAGAUCAAACUACAACUAAUAACGUCAAUUCUGAUAACAAGAGCCUUAUUCUUGAAUUAUUAAAAACAGAUAUUAAAUAUGAUAAAAUAACUACAAGCUCAAAGGAAGUUAAAAAUGAAUCAUUAACUGAUUCAUUAAAAGAAAAUUUUGUGCAUGAUAUAUCCAGAAUUAGCAGCAAGGAUGAAAAUAAAUCAAUUACAACUUCCAUUCCUAAUUGUAAUGUUAGCACAACUCCAAAUGUUGAUGUUAAGAACUUUUCAAAUACAGAUGUUAAGAAAUCUCCAAAUACAAAUGUUGAGAAAUCUCCGAAUAUGGAUGUUAAAAUAUCUACAAAUACGGAUGUUAAUAAAUCUGCAAAUACGGAUGUUAAUAAAUCUGCAAAUAUGGAUGUUAAGAAAUCUCCUGAGAAGCAGACUGUUACUAAACAAACUUCAAAUGAUGGAGAAGUUUUAGUCAAUUCAAAUACUACACAUCAACAAGUCAUAAAGGAGAAACAAAUAGAUAAAGCUCCAGUGCCUAGUCCAUCAAAUUAUUCAACACCAACAGCAAUGAAAGAAGGUGUGAAUGAUGUAGCAAUGCACAAACCUCCAGAGACUGAUCAAAGGGCUUGUGCACUUCGUAACUUAAUUGAUUCGGGAUAUUUUAAACUACCUUCAUCCUUAUCAAUAUCUCUCACCGAAAGUAAAGAUCCAGUACAAGCCUUAACUAAUAACAUGAAUUUGCCCGAACAAAAUGCUAAGUGUGAUGAAAAAACUACUAAAAUAAAUCAAGAAAUCAGUCUGAAAAGUCCAGGACCUAUACCAAGUUUAAAGCCAAUUGAUACAAAAAUAUCUAAGUCAAGUCCUCCACAAACAUUUCAACAAACUUUCCUUCAAUCCCUACAGCAGAUUGAUGCAAUGAGAUUGAUGCAUGCACCUAAAUCCAACAGAAGUAAAACUGAACAAUUUCCGGUUAAUGCAGGAACAUCAUCAAAACCACCUUGUCCAAACCUUCAGAAAAGUCCUAAAUCAAAUAUAUCUAAUAAAGUAAAAUCUGAUAUUGCUCUAGAUCUAUCAUCACCAAGCACUAUCCAAGGCAAACUCUCUGAACAUGAACAAAACCAUUCUAAAUUACCACAAUUACCAUUGACCACAGCUGAGAGUUUGGAAGCUCAAAUGACUUUACAAUUAUCAGCUUUGUUCAAAACACCACCUGCAAAUCUAGUUUCUAAUUCUCCAGGCUCUAGUCCGCCUUGUGAAUAUUCUAGGCCUAGUUCAACCAAUUCCCUAGCUGGCCAUCCAUACAAACAAAUUCCAAAAUUGUAUAGUAGUCCUAAAACCCUUAUAACAUAA